GGGAACGACAAAAAAGAAAAAAGAAAGAAAGAAAGAAAGAAGGUAUAUGAUAGCAACUCAAUUAAGAAGCAAGCAUGGGAGGAAAAACCUUACAGGAAACACCUACAUGGGCUGUGGCCGUUGUUUGCUUCGUUUUGCUCUCCAUAUCUAUCUUGAUCGAGCACAUCCUGCAUCUCAUUGGAAAGUGGUUGAAGAAGAAGCACAAGAGAGCUCUAUGCGAGGCACUCGAAAAGAUCAAAUCAGAGCUUAUGCUAUUGGGGUUCAUAUCGUUGCUCCUAACGGUAGGACAAGGUCUAAUAUCGAGGAUAUGUAUAUCAGAAAAGGUUGCGGGGACAUUUCACCCCUGUCCAAAAAAAUACUAUAAGAAGAAGGAAGAGUCAGAGCACCGAACCAAUAAUGGUCGGAGAUUACUAGCGGCUUUUCUCGAUUCCGAUAACCAAAAUCACCGUCGUAUUUUGGCGGCGGGAGGUGGUGACAACUGUCCCCCGGGUAAAGUCCCGUUUGUCUCAUCCGAGGGUAUUCAUCAACUCCAUAUAUUUAUCUUCGUGCUGGCUGUCUUUCAUGUCCUUUACUGCAUACUCACUCUAGCUCUGGGUAGAGCAAAGAUGAGAAGGUGGAAACGAUGGGAAGAGGAAACCAAGACAGCACAGUACCAAUUUUCACACGAUCCUGAACGAUUUAGAUUUGCGAGAGAAACAUCAUUUGGGAGAAGACACCUGAGUUUCUGGGCCCAAAAUCCUGUCCUCCUCUGGAUUGUUUGUUUCUUCAGGCAGUUUGUACGGUCAGUUCCUAAAGUGGAUUACUUGACACUGAGGCAUGGAUUUAUGAUGGCACAUUUGGGGCCUCAUAGUCACCCGAAAUUCGACUUUCGGCAAUAUAUCAAAAGAUCUUUGGAAGAGGACUUCAAAGUGGUCGUUGAAAUCAGUACUCCAAUCUGGUUCAUCACAGUGCUUUUUCUCCUGGUUCACACGGAUGGCUGGUACUCUUAUUAUUGGCUACCAUUUGCUCCUUUGAUCAUUGUUCUAUUAGUUGGAGCCAAGUUGCAAGUGAUAAUAACAAAGAUGGGUCAAAGAAUUCAACAACGAGGAGAGGUUGUAAAGGGAGUGCCACUGGUGCAACCUGGGGAUGACCUUUUCUGGUUUAACAAACCUCGACUUACUCUCUACCUCAUUAAUUUCGUGCUCUUUCAGAAUGCUUUUCAGCUUGCCUACUUUUCAUGGACUGCGCUUCAAUUUGGGAUAAAAUCCUGUUUCCAUUCCCAAACGGAGGAUGCGGUGAUCAAAGUCACAAUGGGGGUCCUCGUUCAAUUCCUUUGCAGCUACGUAACUCUUCCUCUCUAUGCUCUCGUGACACAGAUGGGUUCAACAAUGAAACCAACCAUAUUCAAUGAAAGAGUAGCCAGAGCUCUAAGGAAUUGGCACCACACAGCGAAGAAGCAUGUAAAACAAAAUCGUGGAUUGCAAUUGCAAACCCCUUCAUCUGCACCCUCAACCCCAAAUCAACCUAAGUCUCAGGCCAAUCUCCUACGCCAGUGCCAUAGUGAAAUGUACACCUAUCCCACUUCUCCAAUAAGAUUUGACUCAGAGGCCCAUCAUCCCUAUGAGAUUGACUCACCCCCAUCCUCCAUCUCACAUCACCAUAAGUCCAAGGUCAAUGCUUCUUCUUCUAGUUCUAUUCAUCACCAUGAAAUAGAAAUGGGUCACCUAGAUCAUGAUCCGCCACAAAAUAUCAAUGAGCCCAACUCAACCCUUGUGAGUUCAGGUUCGAAUCAACACGAGAUUGAUAUUGAACACAAGAAAGAAUUUUCUUUUGAGAAAAGAUGACUAUAAGUUUUAUAAGAAGAAAAUAGUAUAUACACAGAUGAUUUAAAGUUUUUUUUAUACUAUCAUUCAAUUAGAAAUCAUUAAGUUUGUUCCCUUUGAUAACUAUUAUUUUAAAAGUUAUUUAAAAAAUGAUUUAAUUGGGUGAUGGUAUAAAAAAUCUUAUACUCAUUGAAAGUUUAUGAAAAUCUUAUAUGAAAUGUGAAUCUUUCAAGGAUUAGAUCUUGUAUGUAUUAUUUGUAUACAAAAUUGUAGGAAGUUAACUUCCAAAAGUCAGAAUUUCUAAGAUAUAAUAUAUAAUUUAAAAUAUGGUUUAAUUUCGAUUAUUUGAAGGGGUCAAGAUCAACUUAAUUUGUUAAGACACCAAAAAUAAAAUUAAACCGAUUCAUUUUCUUUUUCAUUUGACUUAUUUUUACCACCUAUUUAACCAUUUCCUUUUUCUUAACUUUUACAAUUGUACAACUUUGAGUCUCCUAUUUUCAAUUAUGCAAAUUUGAUUUCGAAAUUUUUUCCAAGUGCCAAUCAACUCCUUCCGUGAGCUAUCCAUUUUCUAACUUUUUUUUAUUGACAUGGGCUAUUAGAGAUGAUAUGGCCAUGUAACGCUGAUGAGGGGGUGUACGUGGUGCUAACACAGUUGUCUGAAACUGACGUGUUGUGACUAAUAACAUGAUGCUAAUGUGAUAACAAAUGUGUGGUUUAGAAAAUGAAAAAAAAAAUGUUCGAUGUGAGGUUUGAAUCCAAGGUUCCAUCCUUACUUUAUUUUUCUUCUAUAAAUAAGUUGUUUAGAAGUCCAAACUAACUAAGACCAACAAAAGCUCACUACUAAAAAAAAGUCCUUCUACAUCGGUUCUAAUGAUCCUUCUACAUCGGUUACGACGCGUGGUUGUAGGCCGGUGUCGUUGAAAACCCGAGACCCUACAACAUCAGUUCAAUGACUGACUUAGAAAGUCAUGCAUUCUACAUCGGUUCUGGGAGGGAAACGAUGUAGAAUCAUGUACAUUCUACAUCGGUU